GCUCAGCUUCUCAAGUGAAUCUUUCAUUUUUGCAGAAUGAGGGUUUUAACAUCAUUUUUAUGCUACUUCAUUGGUCUUUUAGGAUUAGGUGGGAUUCAUGGCCUGAUGUCAGUGGACAAUCUGGGUGAGGAACUGGAGGACAAAGACCUGAGCAAAGCUAUUCUGGAGAUGCUACACAUUAAUAAACUGUCACAACCUCAGCAAGUAAAGCCACACCCCUAUAUGAAGCAGGUUUAUCAGUCCUUGGACACACAGGCAAAAGACUUGAGUGCUGCUGAUGGAACUCUUGUGCAGAGUUUCCGGAGCACUGAAGACUUACAGUACAGCACUCCAGGAUGGAUCUGGUUCAACAUGUCUCAGCUGAGCCCCUCCAUGAGGGUUGCAGAGCUGGUCCUGUUGAGGAAGACUCUUCAUCCCAAGCCACUGAGUGUGACAGUCACAGUGCACAGCCUUUCACCAGGAACAGACAACCUGAGCAUAAGCGGCCCUCUUGUGGAACAGUUUCUGAGCCUGGACCAGCUGCCUCCAUCAGGCUAUGAUGUUUUUGAUGUGACAUCUGCAAUAAACCAGCACUCCCGUCAUUCAGAUGUAUUGGGCUUCCAGCUUCAGUUUGGGGAUGAGAGCGGUAGCUUGGUUCUCCAUGAGGCCCUCACGCAGAGCCUCUACUGCCUGGAUGGAAGCUCUGUCAGCCAGCCACUCCUGGUCGUCUACAGGGCCAAAUCAAUGGAACUGCACCACAGGGCUACAGGAGAGAGUUCUGAGCACAGGCAGAGGCACCGCUGUAUGUUCAGCUCAGAUUAUCAGAAACAGAGAAUACAGUUGAGGCAUGUGAGACGUGUGGCUAAUGCUGCAUGCAAACUGCAUGUACAUCACAUCAACCUUCAUAAGAGCAAGUUAAGGCAAUGGAUUCUACAGCCAUCCAAUUUCAACAUCAGCAUUUGUAGAGGUAUCUGUAUGAAAGAAAUGUUUUUGUCAUCCAUGACUGUUCAGACACAGGACAAAAAACACAGAGAAAACAAUUUACUUCAAAGAUCAAGCUGCAUUCCACAAGGGCUGUCGUCUCUCAUUGUAAUGUACAGCAGUGACACUGCUGACAUUAUUAUAAAGGAGCUAAAGGAUAUCACAGCAGAGCGAUGUGUAUGCCAGCCAGACACCCACUGAAAAGCACUGCAUAUAGCCUAUACAAAAUAACACUUAGGCCAAUGAUGUGACACUCAGUUUACUUGAAUACAGAGUUUGGAGUCAUUUUUUAUAUUUUUCUGGGGCUUAAAGUAAAAGAUAUCAUGUGGAGUAACCAUACAGAGACAGUAAAAUUUAUAUUUUUUAAAAAGUUUCUUGAAAAAGCUGAAAUACUUGAAAAAAGAAAUGUUGCCAAUAUAUUUAAAUAAUAUUAAAUAAUAUUAUUAAUCAAUAUUUAGUAUAUGAAAAACUUUUUUCCACCAAACCAAAGUAAUUUGGUGUUAUCAACAUGUUAGUCCCAGUUUUGUUGUCAUGUGAAAAAAAUAAAAAUAACACAAAUAAUAAAUAUUAAAUAGAAAAUACCCCUUUGGACCCCCAAGACUGUGUGUGAAGUAUAAAAAGUAAUAAAUUAAUUUUUAUGACAAAGCAUAUUUUUUCAGGUCAUAUGGACCAACCCUCCAUUCUGAGAAGCUAUUCUUCUCACAACAGUUGUACAGAGUGGUUAUCUGAGUUGCCGUAGACUUUGUCAGUUCGAACCAGUCUGGCCAUUCUCCGUUGACCUCUCUCAUCUAUGUUUCUGGCACCAUUCUGAGUAAAUUCUAGAGACUGUUGUGUGUGAAAAUCCUUAAUGUUGUGGCUGAUCGGUAUAUAUAUACACACACACACACACACACACACACACACACACACACUACUGGUCAAAAGUUUUGAAACACUUGACUGAAAUGUUUCUCAUGAUGAAGGCGUAUGCUUAAAUAUUUGAAAUUAGUUUUGUAGACAAAAAUAUAAUUGUGCCACCAUAUUAAUUUAUUUCAUUAUAAAACUAAACUUGGUGUGGGAAAUUAACCUUUAAUUGCCAUUUAAACCUGUGUGUGUCACCUUGUGUGUCUGUAACAAGGACAAACAUUCAAGGGUAUGUAAACUUUUGAUCAAGGCCAUUUGGGUGAUUUCUGUUAUCAUUAUGAUUUAAAAAGGAGCCAAACAACUAUGUGAUAAUAAAUGGCUUCAUAUGAUCACUAUCAUUAAAUAAAAGACAGUUUUUAUGCAUGAUCAGUCCUAUUUUCAAAAUCAAUGCCAAAAUUUCACAAUUUCUGCCAGGGUAUGCAAACUUUUGAGCACAAAUGUAUAUCGUGAAUUUAUUUACACAUAUGAUGUAUUUUCCCAGACAACAAAAUACCAGACCGGUAGAGAAUGCACAGAUGAAGUAGGUUCUUUGCCAAAGAGAUGUUACCCUUUACAACUGUUGUAAAGCCGACUUUCAAAAAGUUGAACAACACACAUUUUAAUUGCACUUAUUUUUUAUUUUUUUUCCAGUUUCAUUUGAAUUUAAAAUGGUUAAAAUCA